AUUACCGGUGGAUCCCUUGCUCUUGUGGGAGUGGGAAGCGGAGCUUAUCCAACCAGAACUUGUCUGCUUACCGCAUGCUUGAUUAUCUGGGUGUUUUUUUUCCUCCUUCAGCAUGUAAACUCACCACAAAGGAGCUGAAGUUCAAAUAGGGCUGUUUGAGCCUCAGUUGAAAUGAUGGAUUCAACGCUUCGCAACUAAAAUGCAGGAGAGCUGGAAUUCCUGAAAAGCAAGUCGCUGCUGCAGCCUAUUGUCCCUCGGGGUCUAUAGUAUGUGGACCAACGGAUAAGAUUCAGCAAUCAAGUUAAAAGGAUGAAAGUAAACAAUAAGGAAAACUAACUGGACUGCAAGAACGUUAUGCUUUCAUCCUUCCCAGCGUUAACUAAAUGCAUUAACCUUGUCUACGAACAAAUCUAGGUAACCUUAACUCCUGAUGAAUUAAUUUAUUUUUGUGCAACCAGUGAUGACACUCUUUCUGUGGGCGAGCCAGAGGCUGAAUCUUUGAUUUUUUAAAAACAACAAUAACAACAACUUUAAAGCUUGAAGAAAGAAGUUCCAAGGAAACAGGGUCCAAAGAUUCAUUUAUACAAAACUAUUCAGAAACAAAGGACCAUGAAGGCUACAAUUUGCUUGUUGUUAAUGUCUGCGCUGGGUAUGCAUGCCACCAAGGCUCAAGAUUUUGAAGGCAGAGAUGCAGAAGAAGAACAAGAAUUCAUUUACAAUAACAGGUACAAGCGCUCAAGUGACGCUCAAGACAAGUGUACCUACACCUUCAUUGUACCUCAACAGAAAGUGACAGGUGCCAUCUGUGUUAACUCAAAAGAACCAGAGGUUGUACUUGAAAACAGGGUAAAUAAGCAGGAGAUAGAACUGCUGAACAAUGAACUACUUAAGCAAAAGAGGCAAAUAGAAACUCUGCAGCAGUUGGUGGAGGUAGACGGAGGAAUUGUAAACGAAGUGAAGCUCUUGCGAAAAGAGAGCCGAAACAUGAACUCCCGCGUUACCCAACUCUACAUGCAACUGCUGCAUGAAAUUAUCCGAAAACGGGAUAACGCUCUAGAACUUUCUCAACUGGAAAACAAGAUACUGAAUCAAACAGCUGACAUGCUGCAGCUUGCCAACAAAUACAAGGACUUGGAGCACAAGUAUCAACAUCUAGUCACCAUUGCCAACAACCAAUCGAUCAUUAUUGCACAGCUAGAAGAGCACUGCCAGAGAACACCAUCCGUCAAGCCAAUCCCACAACCUCCACAAACGCCAAACCGAGUCUACCAACCUCCCAAUUUUAACCGUAUUAUUAAUCAAAUAUCUAAUAAUGAAAUUCAGAGUGACCAGAAUUUAAAGGCUCUUCCACCUACACUCCCAACCAUGCCACCAGUUACUAGCAUUCCAACCUCAACUGACAAGCCGUCAGGUCCCUGGAGAGACUGCCUGCAGGCUUUGGAAGAUGGCCAUGAUACCAGUUCAAUAUACCUUGUGAAACCUGAAAACACAAACCGACUGAUGCAGGUUUGGUGUGACCAACGACAUGAUCCUGGCGGCUGGACAGUAAUUCAGAGACGUGUGGAUGGAUCUGUCAACUUUUUCAGGAACUGGGAAACUUACAAGCAAGGGUUUGGUAACAUAGAUGGAGAGUACUGGCUGGGCUUAGAAAAUAUUUACUGGUUGACCAAUCAAGGCAACUACAAAUUGCUAAUAACCAUGGAAGACUGGUCAGGCCGUAAAGUAUUUGCUGAAUAUGCCAGUUUCCGACUGGAGCCAGAAAGUGAAUACUACAAGUUACGUCUGGGCCGUUACAAUGGUAAUGCUGGAGAUUCCUUCACAUGGCACAAUGGAAAGCAAUUCACUACACUGGACAGAGAUCAUGACGUUUAUACAGGCAACUGUGCUCAUUACCAGAAAGGUGGAUGGUGGUACAAUGCAUGCGCGCACUCCAACCUCAAUGGCGUUUGGUACCGCGGUGGACACUACCGAAGUCGAUACCAAGAUGGCGUCUACUGGGCUGAAUUCCGAGGGGGUUCAUAUUCACUGAAGAAAGUUGUCAUGAUGAUUAGGCCUAACCCCAACACAUUCCACUGAAAGCAAUUCUUCUCAUGCCUUUAGUGUGAGGCAUCAGAUGAAAAGCAACUUUUGGAUGUGCUAUACAGAACACAUCUUCUCAGCGAUGAAGAAUGUAAUGUACUGUACAUUAACAGCUAUUAACUGGAGGACUUGUAUAUUGUAUUUUUGAAGAACUGUUCCAGAACCAAAACGACAAGAAACACCUCUUUUUGUAUGAAAAGAUUUUUUCUUCGUUUUAAAAAACUGUCAGAUAAAAUGGACUGUAGAUAAACUGAGAUGCUAAAAAUACUGUCACAUCAACUAAAUAUUUUUGUAUUUUAUAUGCAUAUUUUCAAAUACUGGACAUAUUAAAACUGUACAGCAAGACGUUUUGAUAUAAAAAAAUUCAUUUGACACAGGAAAUUAUAUCCUCUGAAACUAUCUAGCCAGUUCAGCACCACAGAUAGGUAGCAUGAUUGUUUCUUGUUAGCUGUUAAGAAGUAUCUGUUUUGAAGAGUCCUCAUAGUACCUAGUCCAAAAAAGCCCCAUUAUUUUCUCAAGGCAAUAUAAGAACUCAAGAAAUGAGUAAUUUCACACUGUUUGUCAAGCCUUACUUUUAUCUCUUUCUGUUACUUCACUUGCCAGUAUCCGUAAACUGACCAAGCAGGAGUGUUUCGCAUCACAGAAACAGCACCAGCAUUUUUAAUUGACCGUCCACGUACUUCAAAAGCAACCUUGAUGUUAUUUUGCUAACAUGAGUACCUUUAUCAUAUAUAGUACAUUUUACAAGUUUCAAGUUAUUUUGUACCCCAAGAGUUAUUACCAGCACAGUAGUUACAGCAGUAAUGAAAAGAGCUAUCCAGCUUUGCAGGCCAAUGAUGGAUAUAGAUAUAUAAUCUAUUCAUGCACACUUACCUAAUAAAUUCUGAUCCUUGGGAGAGAAUAUCUGUAAUCCAAAGCUAUAUUUGCCGUAUUUCAAUAUUAUUCCCAAAUAUACACAUUAAAAGAGAAUUAUGAGACCAUAUUUAUAAAGUCAAUUGCAGAGAACUAAAUUCCAGCACUCUGCUAAGGUAAGUUUCCAAAAUAAAAUUAUUUUAGCACAUUAUAGGAUCAGUGAAAACCAUAAAUUUUACACUCUUAUUACCUCAUUUAUUUCUUUCCUAGUGUAUGGUGUGUGUAAAAGUACUGAUGCCUGAUGUAGCAUGUCCUGUAUAUAAAUGAAAGUAGGGGUUUUAAUAUAUGAUCAGAUUAUCCUUGUAAUAAUGAAAAUGUUUAAUAAAGGCAACAAAUAAGA